CAAAAGAAUGAGUGGGCUUCUUCUCAGAUUACCCUGGUUUAGAUCAGGAAGUCGAUUUAGAAUACCCUCGGCCAAGAUCGCAACGGUACCGCGCCAUCAAACCCCGUGUUUACUCCAAAUCCACUGCUAUACUUCCCCAGCGCCGAGUUCUAGACCUGCUAGACACCCGCGGAGUUUUCCACCACCAACAACAAACCAGCUCGAAGCCGUCAUCGCCGACCACCAUCACAAGCUUCCCUCAGGGCCGAGCAAGCAGACCCUCUACGAGGCAUUUGGCGAACACACCGCAGCGGGAGGCGCCGUCUCCGAUCAUUUGGGCUAUUCCGUCGUCUCCACUCUCUUAACCCCCCGCGCCCCCAACGAUGCAGAGUUCCCCGAUCAGGUGCCGGACGCGGACAAAGAGCUGGCUCUGCGCGUGCUAGAGUACCUAUCUCUUCAGGGGACGCCGGUCCUCGUCAUGGGAACGUUCGCCAUGCUCUACCAGGCCGCUAUCUUUUCACCCCCGCAGCCUAAAACCACGGUCGAUACUGAUACGCUUGAUGAUGAUUUUUUCGCACCCAGCACACCCGCCAGUGAUCAAGAGGACGACGAUGCAGCCACCCGAAUCUCACGAAUGAUCACCGCGCUCCACCUCCCCUACCACCCUGACGACGCGCGAAGCCUCAUGACCAUGCUGUUCCAGAACGGCGACUACGAGACUUUCUGGAAGCUGUGGCGCAGGAUCCCGCUGCAGGGAGCGCCGCGCAGCGUGGAAGACUAUGUGAUGCUGUUUCGCUUGCACGCGCAGCUGGGGGAUCCACGCCGUGCGGUACAGUGCGUGCUGAUGUGGGUUCCCAUGAUGGCGCGCGAGGUACUUCCGGUUUCUGCUGCGCAGGGGGAGGUCGCGCGGCUGGUCGUAAGGUGUAUCGAGGUUGCGGUAGGAGCCCUGCAGCCGGUCGCGGAGGGGAGACAGAUGGAACAGUUGAUGCAGAUCCGGGAUGAGGCUAUCCAGGCGGCUGCCAUGGAGUCGAAAGGAGAGAAUGAGCAUGCGAAAAAUCGUUGACGUCGAAGGGUGAGAAAAAUGGGUUGUGUGAGGCUUGCUGUGUGGUUUGUUUGGGGCAGUGGAGCGGAAAUACAGUACUACCUUUUGCUCGUACUUCCGGGCGUGUCGAACCUGUGUCUGUCAGUGUGGUGAUGGAGAAUGCCUGGCUUGCUCAGCUUGCUUGAUGAAGAUGGAAUCAUGUGCUCUUUGAAUGUGCUUCCAGAAUUUCGGCUGGGAAAGUUGUCUUAGCAGCCGUCGCUACUGCAGCCACAUCACGGCGACCUGUGGCUGUGAUCCAGGCCUUAUUUCCAACAUCUCAGCCAGACGUCGGACCAUGUAUAAUAGGAGGAGCAACUCAGUUCAUG